CACUCAUUCAAUUAGAAACACGGUUUAGAAUAACACCAUUUCACUGGCGUCUCUCUCUCUCUCAUAUUCAUGCUCGCUCUGCCCUGAUCGCACUGCUGUAAACUCGUCUAUGAGAAACGCGUAGUCUAUUCGAGUCGGGCUGCCUGGCUACAUCGCAUCGUUAAAACCUUGGUUUAGAGGACAGGAUAAGAUAGAGCGGCUACUAAAACAGCAACACAAAUAUGGUCGGGAUGAGAGAUGUGGUUUGCCUCCUGCUGCCAGCCGUCGUGCUGUUCGGCACAUCGAUGCAGGUGGAAGUGAAAGGUGGGAAAGAGGGAGAAAAAGCAGGGAAUUUCAUGGAAGAUAAGCAAUGGCUAUCAACCAUUUCUCAGUACAGCCGGAAGAUCAAACACUGGAAUCGCUUCAGAGACGAAGUUGAGGACGACUACAUCAGGAAUGUGGAGGAAACCCCAGGCUCGGAUGAAA